AUGCGGGCCAUACUAGGGCACACAGAAGUCUUUUCUGAUAAUCCAAUCAUUAAGUGGCUGAGCAUCCACUUUUGCACCCAUGCAAUUCUGAAGGAGCUUUGUGGAAAUUUAUUUUUUCUCGUGUGUGGAUUUGAUGAGAGGAAUUUAAAUAUGUCAAGAGUGGAUGUCUACGGGGCACACAAUCCUGCCGGAACUUCUGUGCAAAACGUAUUACACUGGAGGCAGAUUUUAAAACUUAAUAAGUUUCAAGCCUUUGACUGGGGAAGCAGUGUCAAGAACUACCUACACUACAAGCAGAGUUACCCUCCCAUGUACAAUGUGAAAGACAUUCCUGUGCCCAUAGCCUUAUGGAACGGGGCUCGAGACUGGCUGGCAGAUACCAAUGACAUCCAUAUCUUACUGACUCAGAUCCCCAACUUGGUGUACCACAAGGAAAUUCCUGAGUACAAUCAUAUCGAUUUUAUUUUUGGCAUGAGCACCCACUGGAUGGUGUAUGAUAAAAUUAUCAAUAUGAUGAAGAAAUACCAGUGA